AUGAAAUUGAUCGAAAGUGAUCCCUGUACCUCACAAAUGUGUACCCCAGAGGGUCAUGAGAGUUCGGUGCUCUAUGUGGCUGUAACGUGUAAUGUCCAAGAUCGAUUCGAGUACACAAAUCGCCGCUUUGAAGAAUCUGAUUUCGUCAUGAUGGAACUAUACAGCGGUGUCGGAUGCGACAAUUUGGUACAGACUACUGUGUAUCCAGCGUCCGAAACAUGCGAGAAAUUCUCCACAAUGUCCAACACAUCUACUAUCGUUCGUCUCUUUUCGAACAAAACAGCAUCUGUUCUUGAAUAUGAUAAUGGAGAUUGUAGUGGCAAACCAUCUUUAAUGCUUCGAUUGGAUAAGGAGACCAUAACUCACGGCGAUUGUUUUCAAAAUAGGUACAGAUUCUAUACAGGCAAAUCGUCUGGUAGAAAUGAUUCGAGCAGUUCAGUUUUCUCGUUCGAGAACGAUCAGCCUCUAGACGCACGGAGCUUCGUCGAAUCUACUGGUGUUAGCUGGCCUACCAUCAUUUUCAUUGUGAUUGGAUCGGUAGCUUGUGUAGCGUUUGUGGUUUUUGCUGCGUUUAAGUUCGUUCGACGGCGCCACAAGAAGGCUCUAAGUAAGGACAUCGGUAUUGCAGCUCUUGCUACAAGUUAUGCUGGCUACCCAACGCCCGAGAGCGCUCUGAACGCCAUUACGUUAGGCUCCGAUGCUACGUACUCGCAAAAAGGUACUCACAAUGUAUGGAGUCGACGAAAAACGAGUGGUACUAGCGAAUUAUGGGAAGAUGAGAUCAUCGUCACUGCUCGUGUUCCGCGUGAGAAGGUUAUACUUCAGGAUCUUAUCAGUCGAGGAGGUUACGGCGAAGUUUAUUCGGCCAUGUUCAACGAAGAACGCGUUGCUGUCAAGAUGCUUUUGCCAGAAAUGCGUAAGAGUAUCACUCACUUGAAUGCCUUUCUCGCUGAGGUCAAGCUCAUGGCAACACUCAACCACGAGCGUAUUGUUCGAUUCAUUGGUGUAGCUUGGGACUCUCUUAAUGAUAUUUGUGUCUUAUCUGAGUACAUGCAAGGUGGCGAUCUUCGGACGAUGCUCAAGACAUGCGAAGAUAACAAAACUCCACAAGGUAUCGAUCGCAGUAAGGCAACAAUUGCGCUUCAUGUUGCACAUGCGCUCACUUACCUCCAUUCGUUGUCGCCCCCUGUACUUCAUCGCGAUCUCAAAUCGAAAAACAUCUUAUUAACAUCUCAGCUGCAUGCUAAACUUACAGACUUUGGAGUAUCUCGCGAGCGUUCUGAUCACACGAUGACUGGAGGAGUCGGCUCUUCGCGUUGGAUGGCCCCUGAGGUAAUGAUGGGUGAACGUUACGAUGACAAAGCCGAUAUGUUCUCGUUUGGUGUCGUGUUGGCCGAAUUAGACCAGCAUUUGAUUCCAUACGCAAACGUGAAAGAGAAUAGUGACUCUGGUCGAGUAAUGCCUGACCUGGCUAUCCUACAAAUGGUUGCCACCGGCAAACUUCGCAUUCAAUUCUCCUCAGCGGCUCCUCAGGAUAUCAAAGAACUUGGUUUAAAAUGCGUAUCUAUUGACCCCAAGGAUCGACCAACGGCAUCAGAAGCACUGUAUACACUCCACACGCUUUUGCGAACGGUCUUUUAG